AUGAGUCUGGUUCUCAGAUUCCGGCAACAUUUUUCUAUCAGGUUAUCUCAAACCUCCUCCAGAUUAUCACUCCUUCCUCGAAUCGGCGAUUCCCGGAGUUUCUCACAACCGGCGACAAAAAUCGAAGACGAAGAAGAAGAAAUAGAUCAGAGGAAGCUCCCAACUGAUUACGAUCCAUCGACUUUCGAUCCAACAGAGCAUCGUAGUCCACCAACGGAUCGUGUGUUCAGACUCGUCGACGAGAUCUCAUCUCUAACAUUAUCAGAAAUCUCCGAGCUCGGUGCUAUUAUAAUGAAGAAGAAAGGAAUGACGGAGUUACCAACCGUCACCGUUAUGAAACCCGGAGCUGGCGGGAUCGGGAUCGUGACUGGAGGUGGUGAAGAUCAGAGUGGUGAGAAGGAGGAAGCUAAAGUGGAGAAGACUGUGUUUGAGAUUAAACUGGAAGGUUUUGAAGCGUCGUCGAAGAUCAAGAUCAUUAAGGAGGUAAGGAGUUUUACUGAUUUAGGUCUUACGGAAGCUAAGGCAUUGGUGGAGAAGCUUCCUUCGGUUUUGAAAACUGGAUUGUCUAAAGAAGAUGGUGAGAAGCUCUUAGAGAAAUUGAAGUCGAUUGGUGCUAAAGUUGUUUUGGAGUGA